AUGGCCCGGGACACCCCCUCCCACGACCGCCCGCCCCGCGACGCUCCCUCCCGCGACCGCGACCGCCAACGCCGCCGCCGCGGCCACAAAGCAACCGACAGCACCGGCGCACUCCUCCGAAACACCGCAGCGCCGGGCGCCGACACGAGCGCGUCGGAGAGCCCAAGUCCGCGGAAGCAGCGGGCGUCGACGCGCGCGAGCAGCUCGAAUCCGUUGUCUGUCGAGGGGCUGGCGGCGCUGGAUAAGCAUAAUCAUAAGAAGGGGUAUAAAGGGUACGAGUAUGAUGAGAACUAUAUUAAGGAGGUGCGGGAGAAGGAGGCGAGACUGGAGAGGGAGAGGAUGAGGGAGGAGAGGGAGGUGAAGCGGAAGGAGAGGGAGGCGGAGAGGGAGAGGAGGAGGGUGUUUGAGGUUGAUGGGAGGAUUAGAGGGGAUAAGAGAAGAGAGAAGAGGAGAGACCUGACGGAUGAUGAGAGGGGGGACAAAAGGAGGUCGCACACUGAUGACGAGAGGGGUGACAGACGACGACAUCUUACUGAAGAAGAGCGAGAAGAGCGGAGAAGGAGGUAUGAGGAGCGAUACACGCCGUCCGAGAGAGCUGAAAGGAAAGCGAAGAGGAAGGAGAAAGAUGGACAACGGACAGACCAGAAGAAAAGGAGGGUCAUUAGUGGACCGCUACUCGAAGAGGGCGGGAACGACGAAGAAUACGAGGAAUACAAAGUUGCUGAGAAGAGAGGCGGCGGCGGCUCCAGCGAUGUGUACACAGAAGAGGAGUGGGCGCGAAAGAAGAAGCGGAAGAAAAUAUUCAUCAUCGUCGGUAUUUCACUCUUACUAUUAGCCAUUAUAAUACCCGUCGCCGUGGUACUAUCCAAAAAGAAGAGCGGGCCUCCCGAGAGCAAGGCCGCAGAAAAUGCGAGUACACCUGGAAACAAAAACUUGAACGGCAUAUCUGAAAGCGACAUACCGAAAGCGGCACAAGGCACUGUAUUGGAUCCCUUCACGUGGUACGAUACUCUGGAUUUCAAUGUCACAUACACAGCAGCAACCGUAGGAGGCUUGUCAGUUAUGGGCCUAAACUCUACAUGGGACGACUCCGUCCAAGCCAACGAGAACGUCCCGAAGCUGUCGGAUGAGUUCGCUUAUGGAUCUAUGCCAAUACGAGGGGUAAAUGUUGGCGGCUGGCUGAGCCUGGAACCUUUCAUUACGCCAUCAUUCUUCGAGCAUUAUAGUACUCACGAUGGUGUAAUCGAUGAGUACACUCUAUGCUCUAAGCUAGGCCUAGCUAAGUGCACUACGAGUUUGGAGACGCAUUACUCAGCAUUUGUUCAACGCGAAACGUUCGAAGACAUCCGAGCAGCAGGUUUUGAUCACGUUCGUAUACCCUUCUCGUACUGGGCCGUAACGACAUACGAGGGCGACCCAUAUGUCCCCAAAAUCUCCUGGCGCUACCUCCUCCGUGGCAUUGAGUAUGCCCGACAGAACGGGCUGCGUGUAAAUCUGGAUCUGCACGGCGCUCCUGGGAGUCAGAACGGCUGGAAUCAUAGUGGGCGCCAAGGCGUUAUUGGCUGGCUGAAUGGAACCAAUGGCGCCCUCAACGCGCAGCGCACCCUCGACAUCCACGGCCAACUCUCGACGUUCUUCGCACAGCCUCGCUACAAGAACGUAGUAACUGUGUACGGAAUUCUAAACGAGCCGCGUAUGGUGGCCCUCAACACCAAUGACGUUCUUAAUUGGACGACUAAAGCCAUCGAGGUGAUCCGCAAAAACAACAUCACUGCCAUUCUGGUCUUUGGCGACGGUUUCAUGGGCCUCGAUAAUUGGCAAGGAAAGCUGCAAGACGACCCCAAGCUUGUUCUAGACGUGCACCAAUACGUUAUUUUCAACACCGAUCAGAUCAAGCUCAAGCACACCGACAAGCUCAACUUCGCCUGCAAAGGUUGGACCGCGCAAACUCUCCGCUCGCAAGACAAAACCACCGGCUUUGGCCCCACCAUGUGCGGCGAGUGGAGUCAGGCUGACACGGACUGCACCGAGUACAUCAACGACGUCGGCGUCGGGUCACGCUGGGAGGGCAACAUGAACACCGGCAACGCAUCCACCAGCGUGCUGGACCCCACUUGUCCCACAAACAACAGCCCGCAGUGCGAAUGCGCCGACGCGAACGCAGACCCGAGUAACUACAGCGACGCGUAUAAGAAGUGGCUGUACCAGUUCUCGGUCGCACAGAUGGAGAGUUUCGAGAAGGGGUGGGGCUGGUUCUACUGGACGUGGGAGACGGAGGCAGCGACACAGUGGAGCUGGAAGCUGGGUAUGGCGGCAGGGAUUCUGCCGCAGAAGGUGUGGGAAAGGAGUUUCAGCUGUAAUGAUACGUUGGACGAUUUUGGGAAGUUGGGGUUGCCGGAGAACUAUUAGAUGAGAGGCGUACGAUGGUACAUUUGGGACAUAUGGAUGGUUUGGGAGUUCUGGUGAGGGCGUCACAGGCGGUUGGGUUAUAUUUGGGACGCAGCCUGAUAACAUUGAGCGCUGCACAUACAGUAUUAACAAAUACUAUUCAUUCGAGUACAAACGUUUGACAUGGAUGACUUGGACUGGAGUUUACACGCCCAGCUGAUGUAUAUGCGUAGUACCAGCUAUAACAAAUCAACAUAGCAAGAGGGUGUCUAAGGGAGC